AUCAUAUAGCAUCCAAUUCCAACCAGUUGCAAACCUACCUUUCAACUUACAAGAGAAUCGUCGUCUUCUCCCUCUAACUCCUCUUUGCUGUUUGCUCCCGUCGACAUCACAAUCGAACUAUGGCGAGCCUCUGGCAUUCCAUGAUGGGCUCGACCCAGCCCCCGGAAGACUACGACGGCGUGGAGUUCUGGUCGAACCCAGAGCGCACUGGUUGGCUAACCAAGCAAGGCGAGUACAUCAAGACCUGGCGUCGCCGCUGGUUCGUCCUCAAACAAGGCAAGCUCUUCUGGUUCAAACAGUCCACCAUCACCGCCGUAUCCAGGCCACGUGGCGUCAUCCCAGUGGCCACCUGCCUCACCGUCAAAGGCGCCGAGGACGUCCUCAACAAACAGUUUGCUUUCGAGCUCUCCACUAACUCCGAAACCAUGUACUUCAUCGCCGAUUCGGAGAAAGAGAAGGAGGACUGGAUCAAUUCAAUCGGACGGUCCAUCGUUCAGCAUUCGAGAUCCGUCACUGAUAACGAAGUCGUCGAUUAUCAAUAGAAAUUGAGAUCGACGGUUCUGGUUCGUUCGAUUCGGUCAGUGUUUCCUGUAAAAUUAGGAAGAGGAGAGAGAGAAGAAAAGAAGGGAAGAAAGGAAGAGAAGAAUGGGAGAGUGGAAGAAGAUGACGGUACAAAGAGAAAAAGGAAGUUCUAGAGAGGAAGAUCUAUAAUCUUAUUAAUCCUCCCAAAUAAUAAUAACUCGGUGUUGUUACUCGAAGACUUUGUAUAUCCAUGCAUUUUUGUUUUCUCUUUUAAUAAACUUUGUAUAUAUAUAGAAGGGUGAAAAUUUGAAAUAAAAUAGGGCUGAGACUGGCUGACUCGAAAUUAAACUCUAGUUCUAAGUUUUUGACCUUUAAAUUUAUUUAUCAUCGUUUGUAAUGAACCAACCUCUGGGUUCUAGCAAUGAGUUGAAGCCAAAAUGAUAGCUCCAUUGUCUU